CAAGGAAAUGCAAUAUCCCAUGCUCGCCUCUGUGGACGAAGGGCAGAAGAGACUCUCGCUCCUCUUGCUCGCUUUAUUCCACGGCCGUGCAGCAGGGGGCGCGUGGCUUUCGGUCCACCCGGGGCUCCCUCCCCCGGGCCGCCCCCGAAACGCGAAGUUGGCGGGAGCCUAUAAAAGCCGGUGACGGCUCGACCCGCGGACACACGGUGCAGGCGCCCGAGGAGCAGCCGCUUCUAGAACGGCGCCAAAUCCUGCCCUGCCUCGACCAGCCGCACGACCAUGGCCCAUCACUGGGGAUACGGCAAGCACAAUGGACCCGAGCACUGGUAUAAGGACUUCCCCAUUGCCAAGGGACAGCGCCAGUCCCCUGUUGACAUCGACACCAAAGCAGCCAUUCACGACCCUGCCCUGAAGGCUUUGUCUCCUUCCUAUGAGCAAGCGGUUUCUCGCAGGAUCAUCAACAACGGUCACUCUUUCAAUGUGGAAUUCGAUGACUCCCAGGACAAAGCAGUGCUGAAAGGAGGACCCCUCACUGGCACUUACAGAUUGAUUCAGUUUCACUUUCACUGGGGUUCAUCUGAUGGGCAAGGUUCUGAGCACACUGUGGAUAAAAAGAAAUAUGCUGCAGAGCUUCACUUGGUUCACUGGAACACCAAAUAUGGGGAUUUUGGAAAAGCUGUGCAGCAACCUGAUGGACUGGCUGUUUUGGGUAUUUUUUUGCAGAUUGGCGAUGCCAGGCCAGGCCUACAAAGAGUCCUCGAUGCCCUGGAUUCCAUAAAGACAAAGGGUAAGAGUGCUGACUUCACUAACUUUGACCCUCGUGGCCUCCUUCCUGGAAGUUUGGACUACUGGACCUACCCAGGCUCACUGACCACUCCUCCCCUUCUGGAAUGCGUGACCUGGAUUGUGCUCAAGGAGCCCAUCAGCAUUAGCAGUGAACAGAUGAUGAAAUUCCGUAAGCUUAAUUUCAAUAAGGAGGGCGAGCCUGAAGAACUGAUGGUGGACAAUUGGCGCCCAGCUCAGCCACUGCACAACAGACAGAUUAAUGCGUCCUUCAAAUAAGAUGGCCCCAGAGCCCACAUCCAGAUAGUAGAUAUUCGGGAUAUUAGCUAAGCACAAAUCUACCUUGGUGAAUCGGACCUUGGCUGCUUUGUGUCUCAUUUUCUAGAUCCUUAUCUCUCACCUGUUGUCCUCAUUAGUAAAAUGUGAAGAACUUGACCAGUUGUCGUGCUUGACCGAAUUGCUGUGACUGGUGCUUUGGUUCUGGUGAUAGCCUUUCUGUAGGAGAGAAUAUAAUAUAAGGAAUAAGAGAACAAAGCAUCUUGACUUUGUUCGUAGCACAUGGGGUGAUGAGCACGGACAAUUGUUCACAAAAAUGCUAACUUUAAAACAUAGGAAAGUAGAAUGAUUGAGUGCAAAUCCAAUCCAUUGAGCUGUGUAAUGUAAAUCAGGUGAAAGAGUCAUGAUUCUAUGUAAUGUAAAUCAGAUGAAAUAAAUGUUUAUGAUUCCGAGAUACUAUAUUCAAGAAAAAAAUUUUAAAUUCUUAUAUAUUUGUAGCAAUGUUAUCUGGAAAAUGAAUUAUAUUGUAAUUUAGUGACUUUUGAAUUAC